AUGCUCGCCCUCUUCAGUCUCAACUAUCAGUACACUAAGCCAUUCGCGGCAAGAUGGGACCAAACACUCACCUGGGCUCUGAUCACUGCCAUUGGCGAGGAUGGUGAUAUCAGUUGCAGCCUGUUCCCGGGCCCCGGAGCCAACACGUCGACAACAAAUGGGGGUGGGAAGAAGAAGACGGAGUUCCACUUCGCGCUCACUGUGAUCCUGUUCGAGAACCACGAAGAGUAUGGAGACGACUUUGCGCGCAUUGAGGCAGAGAAGGGCAAGGUGAAGACAGCACUGCGGAGGACAUGGACUGGUAAGAUAAAGAAUAAGAUCAGUGUGCUGAUCAGGGAGACACGCAAGCACAUGGCCAUGAUGUGUGACACCGGCGAGGGUCUCACAUCCCAAGAGCUUGAGGAGCUCCAGGUUACAGAUCCUGACCUGUACAAUAAGUGGUUGUACUCACCUCGGGUUCAAUCAGAGGUCAUCAAGGCCGAGUUCCCAUGGUAUAGGGAGCUGCGAGACCUCAUUGGCAACCGUCUGAACAGUAAUCCAGUGGGCCUAGGGAAUAGCAGGAGUGAUGUGGACGUCUCUGUGCUCUCAAAUGGUCCCCAGGCAACCUCUGACACAGAGUCUGAGGAUGCGGAUGUCGUCGAUCUCACGGUGGAUGUGGCCGCUACGACUGAUGAGCCAAACACUGCACAACACACCGCGGACGUACACUAUUCACCUUUCCAUGACAAUGACGAGCUCUAUGCCACCUCGUCCACACCGCCAAUGCUUCGAGACGAAGGCACCGAGUCUGCUGAAGAGGGUGCAGCAGCCCCUGAGCCCGCAAAGCACAAACGGAAGAUGCCGUCCACGGAGUUAAGUGAUGGAGAGGAGGAUGAUGCGGAUGUGGGCGAGGGCAAAGCCACGACUAAGGUAGCUUCGACUGAGAAGGAUCGCCCCAAGCUGGCCAAGACAAGCAAGAAGGCAACAGCCAACCCAGCCACCAUGCCGAGCAAGACUCACCCCACGCCGAGCAAGACUCACCCCACGCCGAGCAAGACUCACCCCACGUCGACGAGCAGCAAAGGCACGAGCAGCAAGAAGUCAAAAGCGACUGAUGUGAAGGGCACCAAAAAGCUAAAGUAUUCGGAGGACUUUACCAAGAUCGCAAUCACUGAAGAGCAUACAAAACAGAAGCAGCUCGACCUGAAGCGCAUGGACAAGCAGUACAAGUUGGAGAAGCUGAGGAUGAAGGCCGACAUGAAGAAGGAGACAAUCCGAGCAAAGGCUGAGCUCGAGAAGGUCAAGCUACAGGCUGCCAUGGAGUACCGGCUGGCGAAGCUCAAGUACGGUAGGGGCAGCACGGCUCCUGCUCAAGGCCCUUUCACAGGCUUCAGCGAACAAGCCCAGGCUGGUCCGUCAGCAUUCACGGACGGGCGAGGUCAGCAUGGCCGUGGCGCCCCAGCGUCGCUUGACGAGCAACUUCCAUGGCAGUUCACUCCGGAGCGAGCCAGGAGUGUGACACCUGUGAUGUCUGAUCCCAUGCAGCACCACGACUUCAAUUUCCCGCCCGCAGACUUUGGUGGUGCAGAUAACUGGCCUCUUAUGGAUGAUCGUGAUGGCACCAAUGCAUACUCCUCGCUCCUCCGCCUCGCACUGCAUGGCAAAAGCAUGGAGGCCGAUGCAAGCUUUGAUCCAGUAGGUAGCGAGUUUGUGGGACUUCUCGUCCUGGAUGUUGAUGCAAAGGUGCUUGAGAGACUGAAAGUGGCCCUUGAGGAAGCCAAUUGCAUGCUCGGAGCGAACUCGGAUGAUGGAUACAUGGUUGUUGAACUUCUCAUUGUCUGGGAGGUCACGGUCAGGCCACUUGUAUGGUGCGACCACCCAUACAUCAAUCUUCAAGUCAUGUAUAUGAUUGUAAGCCUUUGGCAGAGCAAUUUUGAAGUCUACGAUGUACCGGAUAUGCAGAAUCCGCCCACACAAAUUCACCCUCAUCUAGGUCUAGGAUAUCAGCAUGGUUGA